GUGGAGAGUCGCACUGAGCUGAUCUCCGGGCUCGGUGAUUUGGUCAUCUCAAAAAAAUGUGACAUCUGCUUUCUCUUUGAGAAUUUAAUACUACGAAGCCGAGUUGUGGGCUAUCAUUUCAAGUCUUGUUUAUGAAAGUCGCCGCUGCUGAUAGCUUUUUAGAGGGGUUCCACCCUUCUACCAGGCACCUUUUACGGAUGUAGAUGUAGAUAAAUCACAUCUUAAAUAUGAGUUGCUUCUAAAUAUAGAAAGGACUUCUCUUGAUGUAAUGAUAUCAGUUUUGGUUUCUUCAUCUUGCUUGUCAGGAACUUUACUCGUAAUUUACUUUUGGUUAUAGGAUCAUAUAAAUCCUAAUUCAAGAAGUUUUCCCAAAGUUGUAUUUUGCUUGUGUAUGCAUUACUUUUAGGGAAAAAAAAGUAUGUUCUCUUCAUUUCUUGUUGUCCAAGAGCAUCAUAGUUCACUCGGUUUUUCCUGUGAUUUUUGUUUUUAUCUUCAUGGACUUGCAAACUGCAUAUGCACAAGAGCUGAAAUCUAAGAAUUAAGUCCUGAGUAAUUGCAUUUGUAUGGUUGCUGGCCACUGCUAAAUUUUUUUGAAGUUUAACAAGCAAUUUAAGUAUGAUAUCCUUUGUCAUUGCAACUAUGAUGCUAUCCCGGUAAAAACUUAGUGUGAGAAGUAUGGACUGGAUGUCUUUGUGGGCUUUCAUGGUUCUACAUUCAUGCUCUAGUUUCAGAAUGGACUCGAAACUCUUAGCCUUCUUAAGGUUGGAAUGUCAAAAUUAAUAGGUGGGGGUAUAUAUUUCAGUUCUUGUAGCUCCUCUCUAGACUUUUUGGGAGUACAAACUGCCUCUUUAACAUUUUGAGUUCCCAUAAUGGAUAUGUGAACAUCAUAUGUCAGUUGAUCUUCAUAUUUUUUAGCUGAGUACUCAAUCUUAUUCCUCUUUUGGCUCGAUUUUAGUGUUAUCUCUUUUAUAAUUGAGGAUUAACUAUGAAUUUUACCUUAAGAAAAAGGUAUUCUACAGUUUGUGAUUGGCAAUGAUCUUUACCUUAACAACAAGCUCGGCAUUUUGGGAGGAUUUCACUUGUUUGGAUGUAAGCCAGUGCACGUUAAACAAAUCUAUUGUGCAGGUGGCUUCUAACUAUGUGGUGUCUGGGAAAUCUGGUGUUCUUUCACUGUUCCUGGUCCUUGGAACCAAGGCAAGCCUUUGGUCUAGAAAGCAUUUCAAGAUGACAAUUAUGUCUAUGGAAGAUUCGCACGAAGAAGAACAUUCCAAAGUCUUUUAUCAGCUGCUUCUGGAUGUGCUGAAUUUCUCUGCUGCAAGCUUUUCUGCUCCCACUGAUUCCUAUGCCUUCGAAGAAAAUAAUUUGGUGGGCAUUGUCGAGAACUCCAUCCUAGAACAACUGGCUUUGAUGAAAGACUUACUGGAACAUAUCACGAGACUAGAAUCCUAUGGUUCUGAAGUACUAAAGGUUUCUCAGUUGGUGAUUGAUUCUAUUAUAAGAUUCUGUGGAGAGCAAUGCCAAGCUAAAAGCUGGGAUAGCUUUUCAAAAAAUCCUGACAAAGAAGGGAUCAUGGAUUGUGAAGGAACUAUUAGUGUGAAUCCUAUCAUCAACAUAAGGAAAUAUGCCAUUCAGAGGUUAUGUGAAUUGGGGACUGUUGCAGCUAAAGGUGGACAUCUUGUAAGCAUCCUUAACACCUCAUGGAAGGGGGUUGUUACGCUUCUUCAACAAGACAAUGGAUCACUUGAAGCUGUGCUUGAUGUGUCAGAUAUCAUCCUAAAAUUAAUUUCACUGGCUAAUCAUUCUCUCAGAAGUGCAGCUGAGUCUUGGUCAUCCUCAUUAAAAGAACCUAUUUCUGUAGCAGUAGCUAGAAGAACAUUCGUCCCUGUCAAGUUUUACCUGGUUAAUGCUGUGAAGAUAUCUUCCUUUUGUCCUACUCAAGCAUUUCUUGUGCAUAGGGAGAUAAUCCUAUGUGUUAUGAUGAUCUCAUCCUUCAGAGUUUCAUUGAGCACAGAAACGAAUCUUAAGAUUGCGAGUGAAGUGUCAUCAGAACUUUUGGAGCAAAUGUCCAUGAGCUUACUUUAUUCUAUACUAAAUCCAGAUGAAGUGGAAGAGCAGAUGAAGUUCGAAAUUAUGGACCGUUUGUUCACAAGUGAAGGUUGCCACAGUUCUUCUCAAGAAGACCCAUGUGGACAUAAUAUAAUGCAAAUGGAGAAAAUCUUUUCACUUACCUGUGAUUCUAUUUCUUGUACAAAGACACUAAUACUAGGCAGGGUUCUCUUAUUCAUGUGCCUUCUGAGAUCUUCUAUUGAUGCUGAGGAGAAUGUGAAGAUCGUGAUUACCCGAAAGCUCGGAUGGCUUUUUAACAUGCUUAUUGAUGAAGAAGUGUAUGCUUGCAUCCUUUCCAUGCAAAUUCCUCUUUCGCAUGGAACCAAACAGAAAACUCAGUUCGUCUGGGAACCGAUGUUUCUCUCUCUUUUGGAAUCACUGAAGACCUUCAUGAUUGCAGCUUCCUCUAGUCUUGCCUGGGGAGAACUUGUGUCGUUCUUGCUCGAUAAUAUCUUCCAUCCUCACCUCCUUUGCUGGGAGAUUGUAAUGGAACUCUUGUGCUUCUUGAUGCGGUAUGCUGAGAAAAAUGUGGCCAGCAGCCUUAUUGAUAAACUCUGCUCUUGUUUUAAAUCAGUGGCUUGCUUGGGAUCAAUUCUUGAUCCUAAUUCAGCUGUGAGGAAAAUUGCGAGAUCCAUAUCCAUGCUAGUUAAAUGUGGUGCUCAACCUGUGGCAGAUCGAGUACAUAGUUCUCUUAUUGGUGGAGAUAGAUCACAGCUGUCUUCAGUUAUGCUCGUUGCUUUGCUCAUGGAAGGCUUCUCAUUGCAAUUGCUGUCAGAUAACUUCAGGGAGAUUGUUAGAAAGAGAAUAAUCACCGACUACUGUGGUUUCAUAGAGACUUUUCAUGGCAAAUUAUUGGGAGCUUGCGGUUCUAGUCUGUUUGGGGCUCCAGUGUUUGCUCUGUCUGCCUCUCUACCAUCACUUCAGGUCAAUGAAUCUGGUAUUGACAAGAAGACCCUGCAGUUCUUAUUUGCUAUUCUAGGCACCCUCUCCGAGUCCUCAGACACGAGAGUAUCAUACAAUUGUCAUAGGCUCUUGGCAGAGACGUUAGGGAUCUUCUCUCACAUGAACGGCCUUUACAAAUCGAAUGAAAUGGAAGCUAUCAUCUUACAACUUCACAAACUAUUCAUCUCCAAGGCAGCUUCUGAUACCCAACAACAAAGGUCCAAGGCUGAGCUAGCCCUUUUCAUGGCAGGAUUCGGCCACAUGGAUAUGUCUGAGACAGAGGAAUGCAAAAAGGGCUCUGCUGUGUGCGGUCUGUAUCAUAUGCUGUUGAGAGAACGCCACUGGGCUCUCAUACAUUUGGCCAUAGCAUCAUUCGGGUAUUUUGCUGCACGGAGUUCAUGCAAUCAGCUGUGGAGAUUUGUGCCUGAUAAUGCGGCACUGUCUUAUGAUAUACUAGGUGGAUACGAGGUCAGCGAGGAAAGGUUUAUGUGCGAAUUCAAGGCAUUUCUUGAGAAAGAAAGAGCGCUACCUGAGCUUGCGCCAAGCUCCGAGCAAAUUCUGCUGCUUCAGGAAGAAGCUGCGUUGCUUAAAGAAGCUGUCAGGAAGAAGAUUCAAACUUUGGAGACUGAGGAAAUGGACUGUGAGGUCGUGGAAAUUGAUCAUGAACAGCUCUCAAGCAAGAGGAGAAAGAUGCCUGAUGGAAUCAGCAAGGGAGUCGAGCUGCUGCAGAGUGGUUUGAAGGUCAUCGGCGAAGGCCUUUCCCAGUGGCAGAAAACUCAGCCCAAUUCCUUGGACCUUCACGAUAAGCUUCUGACCCAUUUUUCUUGCCUGGAAGAUGCGAUAACUAAUUUAGCUAGCAUCGCUGGUAGUGGGAGCAACUGAGUUUUCGUAUUCAUGCUUACUUGCAGUUGCAUCACUAAAUCAGGAGAUUCGAAUGAUAUUUCUCAGUUAUCAUCUUUCAAAGUCUGAAAGGACCACCCGUAGCUUCUUA